AUGAACAAAAUUCCGCAAAAACUUGGAUCAUACUCUCAAUAUGAGAACUUUAAGGGCGCUCUAUUAAAUUGUGUAUAUGACUCUUUGACUUGUGAUGAAUGGGAACAAGUAAUUGAGAGAUAUAAUCUUCAAGAGAAUGCAUGGUUGUGUCAGUUAUAUGGUGAGCGACAUCAUUGGGUACCGGCAUAUGUGAAAGGCACAUUUUGGGCUGGAAUGUCCACUACACAACGAAGUGAGAGUAUGAAUGCCUUCUUUGAUGGUUAUGUGGGGCCAAAUACCCCAUUGAAGAAAUUUGUUGGGGAUUAUGAUAAUGCUUUGAUGAGAAUGGUUGAGAACGAGCGUUUAGCUGAUUUUGGUUCAUUUAAUAAAAUGUUUCCACUUAUAACUCUUCAUUCUAUUGAGCGUCAACUUCAAGGUAUUUACACAAAUAAAAAAUUCAAAGAAGUUCAAGAGGAGUUUAGGGGAUUCAUGAUGUGUUUUUCAUCCUUAUUGAAAUGCGAAGGUGCAAUUUCUACAUAUGAAGUUAUUGAUCGUGUAAGAGUUAAUGAUGACUUCGCGAAAGAAGUAAAGUAUUGUGUUUACUUUAAUGAUGAUGAAUGCGAUGUGAAAUGCACUUGUAGAUUGUUUGAAUUUAGAGGAAUCAUGUGCAGACAUGCCCUUAUUGUUCUCACCUUGAUAAAAAGUGUUGAAGAGUUGCCAUCCAAAUAUAUUCUUGACCGAUGGAGGAAGGACUUGAAACGAAAGUAUACAUUCGUUAAAAGUAGUUAUGACGAUUUGAGUGGCAACCCUAAGGCACAAAAAUAUGAUGAUUUGUGCAAUGAUUUUUCUGAAGUAGCAUUCAUCGCAUCGGAUGACAUUGAAACAUAUAUGAAGAUGAAGACUUGUGUACGUAAGUUAAAAGAGGAAUUGCUUCACAAUGGGUUAAGGGGUGAAAGCAGAUUAAGUAGUGCACCUUCUCUUCAUCUUCCAGGUGCAUAUUCCAUUGGUAGUAAAGCAAUUGAUGGGAGCUUUAAGAAAUGUAACAAGUUGCGGAGUCCUUUAGUUGCAAAAAAUUCAAGCUUCGUUCCACCAUUGGUUUAUGCAAUUAAGGACAGCUCCAGAGAUUUGGCUGUGGGGACUAUUGCUUUUGCAUCACUUUCCACGGGUUGA